AUGAUGUUGGACCUUUUACCGGAAGCGCGCGAGGACAUGGAAGAUGCGCUAGAAGACUAUGGUUUUAAAACGGAAUAUCCACUCACGGAACUGCUAGUAUGCGUUGGAUUCUUCUUCAUGUUAAUCGUUGAACAUCUUGCACAUUUCUGCUGCUCCCCGAGAAACGUUGAACCAUCAAACGUGGCGCACGCUGAACAAGAACACAAGCAAGAAUCUUGUAUUGACGAUUCUUUCAUUCAGCCGUGUGGUGGAAUAAAAAACGCCGGUUACGACCAACCAUCGGACAAGUCUGAAUAUCCUACAGACAAGUUCACCACCAACAAAACCGCCAUAAACAACAAGAGCGUUGCAUUUAUCAGCCAUGGCUACAAGAAGUCAGGCAACGCAAAAACUGAAUCGACAAUCGCACAAUCUGCCGCAAACGAUACCAUGGAGACAACCACAAAAGACACAAAACAUUCAACAAGGGGAAUAGGCCUUAUGAUAGCUCUUUCAAUUCAUAUGCUUUUCGAUGGCCUCGCAAUAGGCAUGUUGACAGAGGCCUCGGAUGUUUGGCAACUUCUGGUCGCAAUUGCUACUCACAAGUGCCUCGUUUUUAUCACGAUCGGUCUUCAGUCCGUGGAAAUGUUGUCGUCUGCUAAGAAAGCCGCUUGCGUUGUCCUUUACUUUGCCGUUGUUAGCCCGAUCGGCGUUCUUGUGGGUGAGGCAAUACACACCUCCGAUGACGCUACCGGUCGGGACACCGUAACGGCCGUCCUUCAAGGAAUCGCCACGGGAACAUUCCUUUUCGUGACGUUCUUCGAGAUCCUGUUACGUGAACUUGGUUCACAUAACGCAACGCUACUGAAAAUCGUGUUCAGCUUUGUUGGAUUUGUAUGUAUGGCAUGCGUUCGUUUGCUCGCAGGAUAAGGAUAAUCAAUAAUCUACGCAUGCGCAUUUCUAAGAUCUUUCUACACAAGGUUGUGAAGCACGUGUCUUUUUGGCGUUAGAACAACUUUUUAUUAACUUGACCACUGUUGCUGUUGACUAAAUCCGAUAAACUAUAAAAUAGAACGAUAUAUGUGUGGUUUUAUGUGUUUGCGUACUCUAAGUUUUGUCAGACUUUUCGUUUAUAUAUUUUUUAAACUAUUUUUAGAUUACUCUGAUGCUUAAUACAAAGUAUGAGUUGUAAUGAGUUGUAAUUUUGAAUUUUUAACAUUAAAUAACGUAAUUUUUAGACACAGCAUUUUUAUUGUAUGCAUAUUUUAAAUUAUUUCUAUUUGUCAAAAAUGUUUAAAAAUGUUUAGCAUAAAUCAACAUAAAUUAACAUUGAAUUGCAAUGUUAACUCUCAUAUGUAGUCUCCUGAUUAUAUCAAUUGUACUUUGAUUUAUUCAUGUUGAAUACGAACAAUAUUGAGAAAUAAAUAUUUGAUGAGGCUCUUUUUUCUCUUCAAUGACCUUACUCUAAGCUUUGCACUUUAUGUGACUAAUGGAAAUACACACACUCGAAUACGGUGUAAUAAUACAAGUUCACAAAAGAAUCAAACAAUGAAUAUGUUAACUGUUGUUAUGCAUCUAAAAUAAAAUUCAGCCUUGUUUA